AUGAAAUCAAAACUGAAAACGACAUGCAACCUGCACUCGUUGCCGUGGUACUGUGGUUGGCUGAUGCUGGCAGUGGUAGGAUUGUGCGGAACGGUGAGCUACCUGUCAUUUUUCCAUUUACCGGCGGCCUUAACAGAGGCUGAUCUUAAACGAUCACCGUACGCAUUCAACGGAGCCCGCGCGUGGACCACAUUAACCGCACUAGACGCUCUUGGUCCCAAACCUACCGGAUCCAUCGCGAACGAGAUAGAAGCGGUGAAGCUACUCGAGCGAGAGCUUCAGGUGAUCAACGCAACACGCCAUGCCGCACAGGAAGUACAGUACGAGAAGCAGAUCGUUUCCGGUGCCUAUGGCUUCAAUGACAGCUCGAUGGCCAGCGUUUAUCGGAAGGUGCAGAACUUAAUCGUUAAGCUAGCCGGCGAGCCGGGAAGCCCGGAGGCGUUGAUGCUUAACUGCCACUUCGAUUCCGUUGCCAGCAGCCCCGGAGCAAGCGAUGACUGCGGCAAUUGCGCUGUGAUGCUAGAGCUGUUGCGUGUCCUUUCGCGAGAACCCCGCCGUCAGCGACAUUCCGUGGUGUUUCUUUUCAAUGGAGCUGAGGAGACACCCUUGCAGGCGUCGCACGGAUUCAUCAUGCAGCAUCGAUGGGCGGCCGAUGUUCGAGCGUUUCUGAAUCUCGAAUCCGCCGGAUCUGGUGGGAAGGAGUUACUGUUCCAGAGCGGCCCCGAACAUCCAUGGUUGAUCGAAGCGUACGCCAAGGCUGUCCGUCACCCGUUUGGUCACGCCAUCGGUGAAGAGAUCUUCCAAUCCGGCUUCAUUCCAUCGGAUACGGACUUCCGGAUUUUUCGUGAUUUUGGCCACAUUCCUGGGCUGGACUUUGCACACAUUUUCAACGGCUACCGGUACCACACGCGUUAUGACUCGGUCCAAUAUCUAGCUCCGGCCGUCCUUCAGCGUACCGGAGACAAUAUGUUGUCGCUGGUGCGCCUGCUGGCCAACGGCGACUACUUGGCUCAGAGCACGGAAAGAAGCACUGGAAAAAUGGUGUUUUUCGACUUUCUAGGACUCUUUUUCGUAAGCCACUCGGCCACGGUUGCGGCCACAUUGAACGUGCUGGUGGCGGCCGUCGGAUUGCUUAUCGGACUUUACGCCACACUGUAUUGCAUCGGUUGGCGUCACUGGAGGACAGUCGUGGUGGAAAUGUUACUGCACGGAUUCGGCGCGACGUUGGUCGGGGCCGGAGCAGCGAUUGGGUGUAAUCUGACCAUUGCUUUCAUACUUGAUCGCGCGUUCGAUCGAUCAAUGACAUGGUUUUCAUCGCAGGCAUUGGCCGUCGGUGUGUACUGCGCCCCGGCCAUGAUGUUGCUGUUAAUCGCGCAUCGAGAAUCUCAUCGAUUAUUUCACCGGGCGAAGACGGUUUUACCGCUACCGCUGACGAUAAAAGCUCGUACCACCGGAGUGUAUCUGUUCUGGAGUGUCAUUAUGCUCGGUGCCACCUUCGCUGGUUUGCGCUCAGCUUACGUUAUCAGUGUUCUACUUUCGUGUAUGGCGUUCAUCCCGUUGGUCAGUGGACCACAUGUCUUCUGCUUUAAAUCGAGUCUCAUUUCUGGCGCUCUUCUUGCACUUUGCGCCAGCUGCCACGUUGCCGCACUUCUCUGGACAACACAGUUUUAUCAUAUUUUCACCAACAUUUUCAUUCCAAUCAGUGGACGCUCUGGCGCGAACGAUAAUCCAGAUCUGAUCAUCGGCGCAAUAGUUGCCGCUUGCACGCUCCUGGUGUGCAGUUUUCUUUUGCCGCUGAUCAAUUUGCUCCGUAAACCGUACUACACAAUAGGCGCGUUAUUGGGACUUUUUCUGGCUGCGCUACUACUAGCGACGGUCACUCCGCUAGGGUUUCCAUAUCGCGAAGCCACACCGCAUCAAACGCCAAAAGUGCAGCGGAUUCUCGUGCAACACACAUUGCGCCAGCGUUACGAUCACAAUGGAACGGUACAAUGGACGAACUCGGGAUACCUCUUCCGGCUCUGGGAUCGCCACAAUGAGCGCACGAUCCUUGAAGCAAUCGCCAAGAACGAUGCUUCCAUGGCGCCAUCCGUUGUCAGUCCCACCCAAUUGCCGGAAUGCGCAGUGGAAUUAUUUUGUGGACUGCCCGCCUCUGCGCUACGCUUCAAUUCGUUGUGGUCUCCCCAGACUGAAACGAACCGCCCGCACACACCUUCCAUGGUUACGUUGACGCUAGUGUCAAGAGAGCAAGUUACGCAGACUCCGUUCAGAACUAAGCUGAUGUUCAAUCUCACGGGAAGCUUUCAAUCGUCGCUCCUUGUGCGUCCAAAGCCAAAAGUAACGCUGGUGGGAUGGAAUCUGACUCCGAAAGUAGCACCAAAGCUCGUAGCUGCCAAUCAUCAUCGUGCACACUUUGUCCUAAUAACUCACGGAUUGCCCGGUGAACCGGUGAGGUUGGUGUUCGAGAUUGAAACCGCAGCCGCAGUCGAUGAGCACUCUUUGGUUAUGGACAUCAGCGUUACCACAAACUUCUGGGAGUAUCAUGAACAUUUCACGCCGCGCUUCACACAGUUCGUGGCAUCGUUUCCAGCUUGGGCGCACGUUGUGCCGGCAGUGACCGUUGUAAAUCUGUACACGUUUUAGCUUUG